AAAAAUACAACAACAAAAGUUCGCGAUCCACAUGGACUAAGAGGUUGUUUUGGAUUUUUACUACAAAAACAGCUAUUAUAUUAAACAUAAAUUGUUCAUAAUUUAAGCUCACUACUUUUACUAAGUAUUCUUGUCACGAUGGCGGAAGGCCAGUUUAGUGAUUACGAGGAAGAUAUAACUGUUAAGGUUAAGAGUGUUCGGUUUUCAGAUGUUCCACAAAUCAAAAACCUAAGUAGUGAAUCUGAAGAUGAUGACGAUUUCAAUUCAGACGAAUACUUUCACGAUUCCGAUGAUCCUAGUCAGAACAAGAAGAAAAACAACAUCAACUCUCAAGCACCAUCUAAUAAAGUCAGUUCCUACCAGCCGAGCGAAAAGUUAUUCAAAAAAUAUGUUCACAAAAUCAAUGUUGACAAAUACGAACCAAUGUCGAGGAAAACUGAAAAAUUCAUGGACAUUAACGAUAGAAAGGCCGAUAAUGAGAGGAUUAGGAUUAAGGACAAACAUGACAGAGCUACUGCUGAGCAGGUCAUGGACCCUCGCACUAAAAUGAUAUUAUUCAAACUUCUUAAUAGAGGCAUUAUCAAUGAAAUCAAUGGUUGCAUAUCUACUGGUAAAGAGGCCAACGUGUAUCAUGCAACCUCAAAAGAUGGAAAGGAUUAUGCUGUUAAAAUAUUCAAAACAUCUAUUCUAGUCUUCAAAGACAGAGAUAAGUAUGUGUCCGGAGAAUACAGAUUCAGAAAUGGCUACUGCAGGUCUAAUCCACGUAAGAUGGUGCGAACAUGGGCGGAGAAAGAAAUGAGAAAUCUGGUACGAAUGUAUAAUGCUCAACUUACUGUCCCUGAACCAGUGAUUCUACGUAGCCAUGUGUUGGUUAUGUCUUUUAUGGGAGAAGACGGUUGGCCUUCACCAAAAUUAAAAGACGUUGAAAUAUCACAAUCUACUGCUCGCUCUUUAUACAGAGAUAUUGUUAUGAUGAUGUGGAAAAUGUUCAACAUAUGCAAGUUGGUGCACGCUGACUUAUCAGAGUUUAAUCUUUUGUAUCACCAAGGGAACGUUGUCAUCAUAGACGUAUCACAAUCAGUGGAACAUGAUCAUCCCCAUGCGUUUGAGUUUUUACGUAAAGAUUGCACAAAUAUUUCAGACUUCUUUAGAAAGAAGGGUGUAGCUACCUUAACAGUUAAGGAACUGUUUGAUUUUAUUACCGAUUCUACAAUUAAUGAGAAUAAUUUAGAGGAAUGCCUUGAGAAACUGUCUGAAAAGGCUGCAGCAAGGAACUUUGAGGAGAUGACAGCUCAAGAACAGGUUGAGGAGGAAGCCUUCAAAAAUAUCUACAUUCCAAAAAGGCUAACUGAGGUCAUAAACUAUGAGAGAGACAUUACAAAAGCAAAGAAGGGUGACACAGAAGACCUAGCAUACAAGAAGAUUGCUGGCUUCAACGAGGACCUGACCGCAGCUGAGAAACCUGAUAUUCUACAGGAAGAUGAGAUUUCUGACAGUGGCUCUGACAGUGGUUCUGAGGGGUCGGAUGAUGAUGAGCAAACAACAAAGCAAUUCAAAAACAGCGCCCGACCCAGAGAUGAAUCACCAAACAGCAAAAAAUUAAGGAAAAAAGCUGUGAAGGAAGAAAAAGCUGAGAAAAGGAAAACUAAAACAAAGAAACAUGUCAAAAAACGACGUGACAAGGGUGCGGGGAAAAGAUAGAAAUAUUAUUUCACUUUAUAGGUAAAGAUUUCUGUAUAAAAUAUUGUAUUUUAUAUUCCUUUAGCAACAGAGUAAUUAACUAUAUUGUACUUUCGUAAGUGCCCUAUAAAAAUAUAAGGAAUUUUUAUAAAAUACAAUAGCAGCUAAACAAGUGAAGUCAUUAUGAUGAUCUUACCUAACUUCUUGUAUGUCGCUAAUGAUAAAACAAUAGAAAUUCAAUUGUGUCCCGCGUAUAUCUGCACUCCGACAUACAACGGGUCAAUGCUGAGAUCGCAAACAAAUAUGUCUGUGUAUGGAGUCAUAUUAUUUGUUCACUAUUUUUUUGUUUUGAUUUAGAUAGCUCAUCAUAGUCAUAAUAGUAGGUAAUUGGGCUACAGUUCCAAACCUUAUUUCAUCUGUAUCACUGUGUUCAAAGAUAGAACAGAGAAACAUUGUUUUGUUGGUAAUUAGUUAGAAAAUGUAGCCACUAAUAUAAAAUAGUUAUAAAUGUUUUGUUUUUAUACAUGCAAAGUUGGUGGUUUUUGCCAACUUUUUCCAGUGCUACAUGAAAAUUUUCACCACGUCUGCAAUAAUUUCAUACAAAAUGAAGUUCCAGUUAUAAAUUCUAAAUACUAAAUAAAUAUUGUCAUUUUUUUGAAGGGUUGAAACAGAUUUAUGUAUUUACUUUAGUUUUCAACACAUAAAACAGGUGCCUUUAUUGCAAUAAUGUAACUGCCGUUAAUAAGAGGGAUAAAUAAAACUAUUAUUUACUUGUCAAUUUA